UUACCAGCCAACUAUUAUCGGAAUUCUUGUGUUUAUGUUUUUUUACAUUCGCAUCCAGAGCAUGCUCGUUGUUGGUGUUGUGGGCGUAUAUUGAAUACAUAUGUCAACGUGUGUGUGCUCAAGAUAAGCGGCCAGUGCAAAAAGUAAUUAAGAUAUCCCCGUGUAUAGAAUAGAACACACCGUGUCAGUACACCGUCGCCGCUGGUUAUUAUUCUAAUAAGAUUCGCAGCCAACGCGGAUUGAAUUGCGUGUGCUUAGAGUGAAUUCUAUAUAUAUCUGGAUUAGCAUGGAAUAUGCUAUGCUUACACCUACAGACAAGCGUGUAAUGUUAACACCUGCAAAUUCAUUCGGAAUACAAGAAACGUGAUCACUCUAUACACACACACACACCGACGAUACAAAAAGAAGUGCAUGAUACGAAAAAGCGCUUGAAUUCUCGAUGAUAAAUUAUGCUUGCCACAGCUGAUUUCCCAAAAUUUACUUAACAAUUUAAUUAAAGUGCACUGACAUUGUGAAUCGAACCACUUGCCAGCAGUUCGGCAAACCAUCAACACUGCUCAGGCCAAUUGGAAUUGAUGAAUUGCUAAUAGCCGAUUGAGUUUGACUAACAAAGACAGCAAGAUGAAGACCAACAUUGAUAAGGACUUGCUGCCUAUGAAGGCGCAUUACUUUCUCUUCAAUGCCGGCACCGCACCCGUUGUACCCUUUAUGCCGCCGCUGGCUAAGCAGCUGGGCUACUCCGAUGUCGUCGUUGGCACCAUUUACAUGAUAUUGCCCAUUGUUGGUUUGCUGGCGAAGCCGCUCUUUGGCUACAUCGCUGAUCGCUAUCAACGCCAUCGGUUUCUCUUCCUGGCUGGACAGCUGCUCACAGCUGUGGCCUUCUUUAUGGUCAUGUUUGUGCCGGCCGUGGAGAGGCCACAGUUGCAUUGCCACGCCGGCGUGUCCAACAUACGCUACUGCUCCAACUAUCCAAAGGAUGCGGAAGCGCAGCUGGAGGCAUUCUAUGGAAAUCGCACGCUCACCUGCAACAUGAACUGCCAAAUGGCGUCGGACAUGUGGGAUAUAGUCUGCCAGCACUGGCUGAAAGCGAGCCCAACGAGCGACUGCCAGGCGAAUCGAACGAAGACCACGAUCCAGUUUUCCACCUACAUCAAUAUGCCGGGCUUGAUCGAGGAGUCGCAGAACAAUGUGAAAUGCCUGAACUUUCUAAUUCCACACGACCAGGGCACAAUAGACUCCCGCAACGUGACGCUCUAUUGCCCCAAGGACAAGCCGAUGUUCCAGUCCAGCUGCCAGAUGGACUGCAACGAUAAGUUCUUCAGAGAACUUCUGCCCGACAGCACGGUGAUCAACACGAGCAGUGCAGUGGCUCUGCCCGAGUUCUGGUUCUUCUUUGGCUUGCUGAUCAUCAGCUGGGUGGGCAUGGCCGUCGUGGUGAGCAUUGGCGAUGCCAUCUGCUUUGGCAUACUGGGCGACCGGCAUCACCUGUAUGGCAGGCAGCGGCUGUGCGGCUCCCUCGGCUGGGGCAUCUUCGCACUGCUCGCCGGCCUGCUGGUGGACACGAUGUCCAAGGAGGGCAGCCUAGACAAGAACUACACGAUUGUCUUCUGGAUGACGCUGAUCAUAAUGGGCUUCGAUAUGCUCGCCUCCACCAAGCUCAAGCACACCCAGACGCACAUGUCGGCCAACAUAUUAAGGGAUGUGGGUCAAAUGUUUCUAUCAAUGCGCUGCAUCGUCUUCUUCCUCUGGUGCGUGGCCAUUGGCCUGGGCACCGCGUUGAUUUGGAACUUCCUCUUCAUCUAUCUGGAGGAGCUGGCGAAGCCGUUCGACAAUGGCACCAACUUCAUCAAGACGCUGGAGGGACUGGUAAUGAGCAUUCAGUGCUUUGGAGGCGAACUGCCCUUCUUCUUCAUGUCCGGCUGGAUACUGAAGCGCAUCGGCCAUGUGAAUGCGAUGAGCCUGGUGCUCUUUGGGUUUGGCGUGCGCUUCAUAUUGUAUUCGAUGCUGCAGAAUCCCUGGUAUAUACUGCCCAUUGAGCUGCUCAAUGGCGUCACCUUUGGCCUCUUCUAUGCGACAAUGGCUUCGUAUGCUAGCAUUGUUGCUCCGCCAGGCACAGAGGCCACCAUGCAGAGUCUUGUGGGCGCGAUCUUUGAGGGCAUCGGCGUCUCCAUGGGCAGUCAAAUCGGUGGCCAGCUCUUUGAUGCUGUUGGCGCACGCAUCACCUUUGAGAUCUUCGGCAUUGGCGCCUUCAUAAUGUUCGUCGUCCAUGUCUGCGUCCAAAUUUACCUCCAGCGCAAUGGCCCAACCGAAAAUGGCACUGUCAAAUAUUUUGCACCGACAGAUGCAAUGCACAUGCUGAAUGAACAGGAGUAUUCAGGUGUUAGCUAAACAGCUCCUCCUCAUCCUUCUCUGUGAUCUGGCGAUUUACCGAAUUCGUAUACUUGCCAGCGUGAAACGACACACAAUCAGCCAAGAAAACAAAAGAAAAACCAAACAAAGCAAGAGAAAACACUUUUCCUGCUGCUGAAUCAGAACAAUUUCUUCAUCCACUUGCUGCAUGUUGAGUGUUAAAUAUUCAAUCUCGAUUGUAAUUAUAAUAAUAAUUAUAUAUAAUUGUACUAUAAUUUUAGUAAUGCUAGCAACAAAUUCCACACACACACACACAUUUUUAAAUUAGUGCAUGCUUGUGCUAAGUUUAUGCGCAGCAAAUCGUGAAAUAGAACAGAUACAUAUAUACAUAUGUAUUUUAUUUUUAAUCAAUUUUAAAAUAAUCUUAUGGUAUUUCUAGAUGUGAUAUAUACCUUUCUCAUUAUCUUGUUAA